CCCUUAAGAAAUGGCUAAAAUUAACAUCGCAAUAUUUUCUGAAAUAUUGUUAAUCUCACUGGAAAAAUCAGCAUCAUGUCAAAAUUGAAAUAUAUUGCUGGUCAAUUUUGUCAAAGUAGGCACAGAGAUAAUAUUUGCUAAAUUUUAAUAGGCUGAUGUAUAGCAUAUUGUUAUCAGUCCCUGGAGAGGAAAAGCUCAAAAAAGUUUACUUAUUUGGUGGAGUCUACUAAGAGUUUCCUGCAUGUAACAGCACUAGAACAAAACAAGAAAUGUGUAGAACUGAUAUGAAAGCACAAUGGAUGUAGAGAUCAAGAAAGGCAAGAAGGGGUUUGUGUCUCCGAUCAAAAGGCUGGUGUUUCCCAGAGCUGACAAGAAUAGGAGGCAGCAGGACAGAAGCAGUGUGUACAGGAGGCCAUUGCAUUCUAUCCCACUCUUCCCUCCGGAUUAUUUAAUAGAUCCUGAACUUCUGCUGCAUGAUUAUCUGGAGAAAGAGGUCAAAUUUUUAGGUCACUUAACUUGGGUAUUGUGUUCUUUAAAUCCAGCAAGCAGAGCUGAAAUACUGCAGCUUUUGGACACAGCAAGGCAACAAAAACAACUGCCUUUGCAAACAACUGCAGAACAGGACACUAUUUUGAGUUUGUCUGCACGCUGUCUCCUCUUGACCUGGAGGGAUAAUGAAGAACUGAUCCUGAGAAUCCCAACCCAUGAGAUUGCUGCUGUAUCUUAUGUCAGGGAUGAUGCAUUGCAUCUACUCAUUCUCAAAACAGGUCUUGGAGUGGCUGCUGUUGCUGCUAGUGGCAGUCUGGAGCGGAGACAAACAACUGGAGCUCUGCUUGAUACACAGGAAGCUGUGCCCAGUUCAGAAACAUACUGCAACCUUGUGAUACUUGCAGUGGACAGCAGAGAUUCAGCUGAAGAAUAUUGUGCUCUAAUCUGUCAAGUGUUUCGUAUCAUUUAUGGAGAUCAGACAAUAGACUGCGUCGAUCGUGCUGGAAACAAUUAUACCUCAACACCAGAUAGACGGUGGUUAAUGGAGAGAAGCAACAGCAGACAAACAGCUGAGACCUAUGGCUAUGAAGCAGAUUUUAGCUGUUGCAGUUCUUUUGAUGGAUCGCAGGACACGUUUGACCCUUACUGUUGCGGCAGCUAUUCGUCCUCAUGCAGGGAAUCACAAUUCAGCCAAGGCACAGUCGGUAGUGAAAGUGACCAGAGUAACACAGGAGCUGAUCUGCUACAGGAUUACAUGACAACUCUGAGAACAAAGUUGACACCUCAAGAAAUUCAGCAGUUUGCUUUGCUGCUCCGUGAGUAUCGACUGGGUGCUUCAGUUGAAGAUUAUUGUGCUGAACUUCUUCAACUUUAUGGAGAGAAAAGAAAGUUCCUCCUUUUAGGUAUGCGGGCCUUCAUACCUGAUCAAGAUGCCACCUACUUUGAGAGCUUUUUAGAAAGCAUUGGAAUUAAUGAUGGAAGAGGAAUUCUGACAGACAGCUUUGGACGAAUUAAGCGAAGCAUGAGUAAUACAUCAGCAUCUGCUGUCAGAAGUUAUGACAGUUGGUCUGUGCCUAAAGAAUCAGAUGGAUUUGAAAAAAUGAUUUCAAAUAUCACACAUGACAUUGAAGCUUUAGGAUGUGAUGUGGAAGAUGAUUUAUUGUGAUGGAUGUAUGGUUGUCUAUCAUUUUAUUUAGCAUUUCUAAUUAAUAAAUUUACUUCAGUCACUUAGUACAAUAGCUGUAAAAAUCUACUAGUCUUCAACUCUGAUUAAAAUAUGUACUGUGCUACAGUAAAUGUUUAAAAUUUACUAGAUGUUUAGAAAGGUCGUAAUAUUUCAAUUUUUAGAAAAUGCAGCUGAGUGGCAUUAUUAUACUAAAGUUUAAUACAUAUAUUAAAAUGAUCUAACCCCCUGAUCAUCAUAAUAACCCAAACCUCGCUCUAGACAGGCCAAUAUAUUCUUGAGAUUUUGUACAGAUUAAUUUCAAACAUCUGAGGUAAGCAUUCGCACAAACAGCACAUGACAUUUUGAAGUUUAUAUGAGAGUCAGAUUUUUUUUGCUAACCACAAAAUUAUAAUAUUAUUAUGUAAAAAUAAUUUGAAUUGGAUUCCUGAAUUCUUUGAAGCUGAAAAAAACUAUCCAAAACAGCGAAUAAUAAAUGUUAUUUUAAAAGUGCAUACAUAUAAUUGAAGUUAUUAUCAUGUUAAAAUAUAAUGGAAUGAAUACUAAUUGCAUUAUCUGUUUUGAAAGCCUUGCUGUAAUGCUUAUAAUAAUGCUGUAAGUGCAAUAAUAUCUUUCUUGCACAUAGAUGAAAUCACUGGUGAGAAAGUAAAAUCAUAAACAAAUUAUGUAUAUUCCAUAAACCUACUUUAUUUCUACUAUAUAUUCCCUUUCAAACUUAAUUUCUUUUUUCUCUCUUUCUUGCUCCACGACCACCUUCCUGUCAAAAGGUUUUACCUCUUUCUUUUUGUUAGAUUUACUUUUAACCUUUCUCAUUUUGUUUCCUCUUUCUUCUUUGUCCUGUUUGUCUUCCAGUGUCCCUCAGAAAUGUUCCAUCUUUGAUGCACAAUGCUCCAUCAACAUGACAUUUCUUAAAUUUUAUACAGCACAAGUCAAAAUAAGUACUCUAGUUGUCCCAAGAAAGGAAAUGGGAGCCAAACAGAAUUUUGGAAAGAUAUGUUAGGUGAGAACCUUCCAUCAGACAGAAAAUAGGAGAAAGACUGAGAUUGAAAACAUUGGCAGAUAUAGGGUCAGGUCUGGCAAUAUUUGUCUCUGGUAGGGGAUGUUAUUGAUCAGUAUUGACACAGAGAGCUAGAAAUUCAUUUGUGCUAGGGAAGUCAUUAUUAACAGAUGUUUCCCACAACACCAAUGAUUCUCUGGUCAUGAGGCAACUGUAGUAAAAUUCAACAUUGCUCAAGUCAUUGGCUCAGUGUAUUUUCUUUAGAGUUCUUUACCAUUAUUAUGGAGCAUUUGUCUGAAGAUAAUUGAUGUGCUGCAUGUUGGGACCAAAGUAGUGAGAUAUCACUAAUUUGUAGUUUGGUUCCAGAGCUGGGGGGGCAGUGGGGAUUCAGCGAUGUAUGGAUGGAGAUGUCAAUACAGCUGGUCUAAAGCCGAGGUAGGAACCACUAUGUGGGUCAAGCUA